AUGGAUGAGUCUUGGCUUGCCGGCGUGGAGUCCGAGCUGUUCCCUGGCGAGCUGCUGGAGCCGGAGCAGUCGUCGCCAGUGUGCGGCAGGCAUGAGUCGCCUGACGGGCUGGACUGGCCAAGCCGACCGUCCUCGCACGGCUCGCGGCUGUCGUCGGCAGUGUCGCUGCCUCAGCUGCCGGUGCGGGGGUUUCGCGCGCCCGAGGAGAGUGCUAGCGAAGCAGUGGACAUUUACGACCUCGUCGGCUCAAUCGAAUGGAACAAUGAGCUUAUCGCGCGAGACUCGACGGCGAUGCGGCAACGAGCGAGGGUGCGUGAGCAGACCAACAAGGAGAUGAGGGCACGGUGCGAAGAGGCGGCCGCCGAGGAGAGGGCUGCGCGGAGGCAACUGGCUGAGUUGAAGCUGCGCCUGAAGCGCGCCCGCGAGGCGGCGCAGGCUGAGCUCCGUCGCCGGUCGCACGCCGAGCAUUACGCCAAGGUUCAGGAGGAAAAGGCGGACCUGAGAAACGAGGAGGUGAACCGGCGCCUGCGCCAGCUACAGCCAGCGAGCCGCGCGGAGCUCAAGCGGGCGUCGCUGAUCUUCAACGCAGCGCUGCGAUCGCGUCCUGAGGCCAGCAAGGCGGACGGCUCCGAUCCCAACCGCAACGGCCGGUGGUAUCAGUUGUUCAAGGCGGCCGCCAACGCCACCGCGGGCCCGCCUCGAGGGAUCUGGUUCUCGGAGUUCGUCGAGCUCGCGCGGCGGCCUCUCGGAUCCGGCGCUCGCGCGGGCCUCGGCAUUGGGCCGAAGGACUUGUCAGAUGCGGAGCUGGAGGCGGUUUGGGCGGCGAUUGACGAGGAUGCGAGCGGUGACGUCAGUGUGGGCGAGUUCGGCCGAUUCAUGCGCAUCGGCGCGAUCCGAGCGCCGGGCGGCCAUGAGCGAUCGGUCUUGCGCGAGCGGGAGGCAGAGGCGCGUCGCGAGGCGGCCGACCGGCAAGCUCGGAUGGAGGCCGAGCUGCAGAGGCGCCAGCACAGCCGAGGGGCGGCGCAGCUACGGCAAGAGGCGCUGCGCAUCGAAUCGGCGCUCAGAGCGCACCAUCGCCCAGCCAGUUUGGCCACCUUUGCUGUCAAGGGCCGAAGACUCUCGCUCGAGGAGGUGCUCGCCGAGGUUGAGAACAAGCCGCCUCCGAUCGGCAGCGGCGGCGACGAGUUUGCCUCGCCGCGGCAGCGCUCCGCCUCGCUCGUCAACCCGCCCAAGCGCAAGAGCCUGCUCGAGCAGAUCGACACCGACUUCCCGGGAACCCGCUCCUCGCAGAUGGCACGGCGCUCUCUGCCGGGCGGCGACCGCUCGUCCGCUGGCGGGACUGAGCGCCGCUCCUCGCAGGCCGCGGGCGGCGCCGGGCGCCCACCGCUCGAGAGCCUGGUCGUGAGCGACGCGGCGCAGGACCCCGCGCCGGCCGCGAGUGCCGAAAAGCCGGUCGCGGCGACGCCGCGCCGCCCGACGCCGCCGUCGCCUGCUGACGCUCGCGAGCAGAUGCGACGCGUGGCGGCGGCGGCGGCCGGGCCGCACGGCCUGACCAGCGUAUGGACGCAGCCCGUCGCGUGCUCGCCGCGUGCGCCGUCUCAGCCCAUGGUGCCUCCCGCGGCUUCGCUGACCGCGCCCUCUCCGGCGACCCGGACGCCACGCCGGCGCGGGAGGAAGAACCGGCCGCCGACGCUCGACUCGCCGAUGCUCUUCUCGCCCGACGACAGCGGCGCGCCGCGCUGGCCGCUGCCGCCGACGCCGCAGUCCGAGUGGUCCGGCUUCCUCCCCGCCUGGAGCGAGUGGGCGGGCGAGUCGGUCGGCUGGGCCGAGCCCAUCUCCUCGCCCGGAGGAUGGACGGCUGUCGACGAGCACGGCUCCCCGCUCAUGGCCAUGUCGCUGGACUCGCCAGUGGAGAUGGCGCCGAUGGCGGCCGAGAUGCCCGGCCCGAUGCGGGGCGCGCAGAUGCAGGUGCUGCCGCAGCAGCCGAUGCAGAUGCCCAUGCCGAUGAUGCUGCCGCAGCAGUAUGUCCUCGUUGCGCCGCCGCCGCAGCAGCAGCAGUUUGUGGCGGCGAUGCCGUACCCGAUGCAGAUGCACGGCUUCAUCCCGAUGGGCCAGCCCAUGGCGUGGCAGGCGAUGCCGCCGCAGGCGAUGCCGCAGCAGCAGCCGCAGCAGCCGCAGCAGCAGCCGCCGCAGCAGCCGCCGCAGCAGCCGCAGCAGCAGCCGCAGCAGCAGCCGCCGCCGCAUCGGGGCACGUCCUCGCCGCCCGGCGCCACGGCGGGCGGCAAGGUGCCGUGGGGCUCCCUCGUCGCCACCGCGAUGGACCCCAAGGGGUCGAGGGAGCUGCAGCAGCUGCUGCCGAAGCUGUCCAAGGGGCAGCUGGCGCGCGCGCGCGACGAGCUGGCACCGCACAUGCACGCGCUCUCGAGGCACACGUUUGGCAACUACCUUGUGUCCAAGCUCGCGCCGCUCGCGCCGAUGCACGCCGCCCUCGCGGCCGCCUUCCGCGGGCGCGUCGUCGAGCUCCUCUGCCACGCGCAGGGCUCGCGCGUCGUUCAGGCCUACCUUGCCGCCGCGGCGCCAGCCGAGGCGGAGUCGCUGGUGUCGGAGCUCGACGGGCACGUGGUGGAGUGCGCGCUCGACACGCACGGCUCGUGGGGCGUCUGCGUCGCCUACAGCGCCACGCACGCCCCCUUCCUGCUGCGCCAGAUCUCGGCGAGCGUCGUCCAGCUCUCCCUCGAGCAGCACGGCUGCCGCGUCGUGCAGUCGGUCCUGCAGGAGGCGGGCAACGCGGGCGUCGACUGCUCAGCGGCGGUCGGCCGCAUCAUCGGCGGCGGGCUCGAGGAGCUCGCCCUCCACCGCUUCGCAAACUACGCCGUCCAGGUCGCGCUGCGCCAGUGCGGCGCCGCCCAGCGCGAAGCGAUGCUCGGCGCGCUGAUGCCUCGGCUGCUGCCGCUCUCGGCGAGCAAGCACGGCUCAAAUGUCGCCGAGGUGGUGCUCUCGCUCGCGUCGGGUCCGCUGCUCGACGCCGCCGCCGAGUCCAUCUUUGGCGCCGGCGAGCCCGCCUCCGCGGCGCUGCGGCAGCUCGUCGAGCACCAGUUUGGAAACUACGUGCUGCAGACGCUGCUGCGCCGUCUCGCCGACGGGCCACGCCGCGCCGCCGCGCUCGCAAAGGUGCGCGAGGCGACGACGGCGACCAACUUUGGGCGCUCGAUCCUCUCCCGAUUGGGCGAGGCCGAGGCGGCGUGAGCGGCCCGCCGCCUCCGCACUCUAAACUCUGUUCUGUGCGCUCGCGCAUCUGGGCCGCGGCACUGUCGUUCUUGUCCCAUGUCUGUGCGCUCGCCCACCUCACUCGUUGGAUAGUGGUGAGGGAGAGCGCGAGGGGGCACUUCGGCGGGAGGGAAGGGUGCCUCGAGGACGCCGAUCGCUCUCGCCGGGAAGGGGGGGGGGGGGCUUGGGACCCGCGGCGCGGAGGGGGGGCGUGUGUGGGAUCUCGGUUUGUAGUCUCCGCGUAUCUGAAUCUGUGUACAU